UGUAUUUGUAUUGAUUGGUUGCAGGGCUGGGAAGAUUCCGUCAUGGCAUAGGUGGGUGUACAAAUAUAACUGAGUCUUGGUGCAUAAGAUUAUAUGUCCUCUUUUUGAUCUCUAUAGAAGAAACCCAAAAGAUGUUGUGGAGAAAAAUAAAUACCAAAAAGAAAAGGAAAAGAAAACAGAAGAGAGAGUAAAAGCAAAGCUGAAAGCCCCCCAUAUUACAUUUCAUGACCCCACACACUCUUCCUGCCUCCUCUCAUGUCUCUGCCUUCUCCUGCUCCUCCUUCUCCCUCCUCUGUUUAUUUAUUCUCUCUCUCUCUUGCUGUCUUUCCAAAGCACACCCCUUUUUAGCUUUUCCUUGCUUUAUCUCUCUCUCUCUCUGUGUCUUUCUCUUUCUCACACUCACACUUUCCUUCUCUCUCUUUUUUGGCUGGUCUGCUGGCUUAAGAGUCUUGUGUCUCCAUAGCCCUCUCUCUCAUAUCACUCAUUAGGCCUUAUCUCAAAUUUUCAAAUUUUCCCAUGGAACUCUCGCCUCAUCGACCCGUGACUGCUUCAACUCUCUCCCCUCCUCAUCUCAUCUUCUUCUCCAAAAACCCACACUUUUUUUCCCCAUGAUUUUGUACUCUGAACCACUCCUCCACCAACAACAACACAACCAAUUCAACAACCAUGCACUCUCCUCCUCAGCAGCCUCACCGGAACGGCGAGACGACGCCGUACCCGAUCCCCAACCAUCCCUUCCACUCCACCGUCUCGCUACGGAAGCUCAGGCGCUUCAACUAUCUCAUCCUUGUCUUCCGAAUCGCCUCCUUCAGCUUCUCUCUCGCUUCCUUCAUCUUCAUGCUCUCCACUUCUCGCGGCCCCAACUCCCCUCGCUGGUACCACUUCGACGCCUUCAGAUUGGUAGUGGGAGCGAAUGCAAUAGUGGCGCUCUACUCUCUCUUCGAAAUGGUGGCUUCGGUUUGGGAAAUCUCCAGAGGAGCCACUCUCUUCAGCGAGGUCUUACAGGUCUGGUUCGACUUCGGCCAUGAUCAGGUGUUCGCGUACUUGUUGCUGUCUGCGGAUUCGGCGGGAACGGCGUUGGCGAGGGUUUUGAAAGGGAGGGACACGUGUACGGCUUGGAACGCGUUCUGCAUACAGGCGGACGUGGCCAUCGCCCUGGGCUUUGUCGGGUUUCUGUUCCUGGGCUUUUCGUCUCUGCUCUCGGGUUUCCGGGUCGCCUGCUUCAUUAUCAAGGGCUCUCGUUUUCAUCUUUAGAUAGGUAGAGAGAGUACUGCUGAGGGAAUAUUUGGGUGCCUCGAGGUGUUGAGUUCUUACUGUGUGGCCGUACUCUUGAUUUUGAGACGGAGUGACUGAUGAUGUGAUGUGAUGCGGAUGUGGUGUGUUGGCCAGUGGGUGCAGCUUUUUCAAUUUUCAGUGUAUUUUCGCGGGUCUGUGUGUGUAUAGGGAGAGAAGAGUCAUGUAUUCUUUAAGCAUUUCUUCUCAAUUUUAUGGACUUCACUUGCAAUCAAUAUGCAUAAUUAUUGGGAGAUGG